GCCCAGCACCGACCUUGUUCCCGGGACGCGCCGCCGCUCGGAGCGCGCUGAUCCCGCCGAUCCCCGAGCUGCCGCCGCAGAGGCCGCCAUGAGCCCGUCCUUGCUGUGUUAGGGCUGCCCCUCCCCACGUCAGUGACCCCAGCCCCACGGUGACGAUGCGGGCCUGGAAGGCGGUGGCCAGCACGCUGGCGCUCAGCGGGGCCGAUGUCGUGGUCACCACGCUGCUCUACACGCACGGCCAGGGCGGCCGGAACGUCCUGCAGGACCUGCGGCACUUCAACAUCUUCAACUCGCUGCUGGACAUCUGGGGGGGCUGCCUGUACCGCAGCUGCGUGCUGCUGGGCGCCGCCAUCGGCGUGGCCACCAACACGGCCUACGGGCCCCGGCGCCUCCGGGCCUCGCGCACCUUCAUCGCUGUCGUCUGCCUCCUCAUGGGCAUCUACAUGAUGGUCAAGCUGCUGCUCUACUCGGAGGUGCGGAAGACCAUCAGGGACCCCUGGUUCUGGGGGCUCUUUGCCUGGACCUACGUGGCGCUGGCGGCCACCUUCGGGCUGUGGCAGCUGCUGGCCUGCGUCACCUCGUCCCGCGAGGCGCUGGGGCCCAGCUCCGAGUCCCGCGCCGAGGUGGAGGAGAGCUGUGAUGGGGGCACCCCGAGGGACAAGAGGGAGGAGGCAGCAGGUCCCACCAUCCAUAAACUGCUGUCCUACACCAAGCCAGAUGCCUUCUUCCUGGGCAUCGCCUCCUUCUUCCUCCUGGUGGCCGCCCUGGGAGAGACCUUCCUGCCCUAUUACACGGGGCUGGCCAUCGAUGGCAUCGUGGUGCAGAAGAGCAUGGAUCGCUUCUCCACAGCAGUGCUGGUCAUGUCGCUGCUCGCCAUUGGAAGCUCAUUUGCCGCAGGUAUCCGGGGCGGCGUUUUUACGCUCAUCUUUGCCCGCCUGAACAUCCGCCUUCGGAACUGCCUCUUCAGGUCCCUGGUGUCUCAGGAGAUGAGUUUUUUUGAUGAGAAUCGCACAGGGGACGUCAUCUCCCGCCUGACGUCGGACACGACCAUCGUGAGCGACCUGGUCUCCCAGAACAUCAACAUCUUCCUGCGCAACGUGGUCAAGGCCACGGGCGUCAUCUUCUUCAUGUUCAGCCUCUCCUGGAAGCUCUCCCUGGUCACCUUCAUGGGCUUCCCCAUCAUCAUGCUGGUGUCUGAUGUCUAUGGGAAGUACUAUCAGAAGCUCUCCAAGGAUGUGCAGAGUGCUCUGGCCAAGGCCAACAACACGGCUGAGGAGACCAUCUCGGCCAUGAAGACCGUCCGCAGCUUCGCCAACGAGGAGACGGAGGCCAACGUGUACUGGCAGAAGCUGCAGCAGGUGUACAAGCUCAACAAGCGGGAGGCCAUGGCUUACACCUACUAUGUCUGGUCCAGUGGGCUGACCCUGCUGGUGGUCCAGGUCAGCAUCCUUUACUAUGGAGGGCACCUCGUGAUCUCUGGGCAAAUGACGAGUGGAAACCUGAUAUCCUUCAUCAUUUAUGAGUUUGUCCUGGGGGACUGCAUGGAGUCCAUCGGCUCCGUGUACAGCGGCCUCAUGCAGGGCGUGGGAGCUGCUGAGAAGGUUUUUGAGUUCAUUGACCGCCAGCCCACCAUGGUGCACGACGGCUCCCUGGCCCCGGAUCACGUGGAGGGCAAGGUGGAGUUCAGGAACGUCAGCUUCUCCUACCGCACUCGCUCUGCCACCCAGGUCCUCCAGGACGUGUCCUUCACCCUGCACCCUGGCAAAGUGACAGCGCUGGUGGGCCCUUCAGGGAGUGGGAAGAGCUCCUGUGUCAACAUCCUGGAGAACUUCUACCCGCUGCAGGACGGGCAGGUGCUGCUGGAUGGGCGUCCCAUUAACAUGUACGAUCACAAGUACCUGCACUCCGUGAUCUCCCUGGUGAGCCAGGAGCCCGUGCUGUUUGCCCGCUCCAUUGCAGACAAUAUUUCCUAUGGCUUGGCCUCAGCCUCCUUCGAGUCCGUGGUCCAGGCUGCCCAGAAGGCCAACGCCCACAACUUCAUCACCGAGCUGCAGGACGGCUACCACACAGAGGCAGGGGAAAAAGGAGCUCAGCUGUCAGGGGGGCAGAAGCAGAGGGUGGCCAUUGCCAGGGCCCUGAUCCGAGCCCCUCCCAUCCUCAUCCUGGACGAGGCCACGAGCGCGCUGGAUGCGGAGAGCGAGCACGCGAUUCAGCAGGCGAUUUACGGCGACUUGCAGAACCACACGGUGCUUGUCAUAGCUCACAGGCUGAGCACUGUGGAGAGGGCACACAACAUCAUUGUGCUGGACAAGGGCCGCGUGGUGCAGCAGGGCUCGCACAAGGAGCUGAUGGAAGAAGGAGGCCUUUAUUCCAAGCUGGUGCAGAGACAGAUCCUGGGGCUGGAGGGGGGCGGCACGGACAGUGGCCAGCCCGCAGCCCGGGGGGACGCGGCCAAGGCGCCCGGGGGGCUGGAGGAGGAGUUCAGGAUAGACCAUUCCCAUUCCCUGCCGGCCGCCGCCACGGCACAGGACGAUUUCACCAACGCUGCCGCGCCCAAGUGAGGGCGGCCGGCGCUCGGACGCUCCCUGGGAUGGAUGGAGGUGGCAGAAAGAACAGCUGGGAUAUGGAGGUGGCAGAACGGCGCCGCUGGCUCGCCCCACGUCACACACCCUGCACACCCAAACACACACCAUAGAGCU